AUGGAACACACUAAGCGAACCAGAAAUAGUGGAGCUUGUUGCCGGGAUGAGUCCAAAAUGGUAAGAUGCGCGGUUACCGCAUUGGAGAAGAUGAGGGAUUACUUGUUCGAAACAUCUGUAUGUCAAGAUGCAGAAAAUUCGAGCACUCCAGGGGACUACGGUUGCGUGACUGGCUGCAAUAAAUACACAACCCAGGAAUGUCCAUUUCGAGGAACCGGAAUGCCACCUAAUCUAAUGCGGACAUUCUGUGUGAAUAAGAAGAAGUUGGCGAUCGGCCGGUUGGGCCCGAACAUGAUUCGACUUCUGCCCGGCCAAGUUGGGGUAGCCGGUGACCGUGCCACGUUCCACCUGGGUCAUCUGGGCAGAAAAAAGGCAUCUACUGUCAAGACCACUACAACUGAGAACAAUGGCCAAUCCGUUGCGCCGACAACCGUCGUUGUCGACCGACCGACUGCCACAAAGUACAUCAACACUCAGCGCAAGAGGACAAUGCAAGUGUUGCCAGCGGUUCCGGUGUCCGCCAAUAAUCUGGCAGUCGGCCCAGUCACUGGGUUACCUGUGGACGACAAGGAGCACGUUUUUGUUUUGCGUCUAUCGAAGGCGUACGAAAACCCCGCCGACGUAGCCUGCUUGCAAGUUGAAAUGCGUCUGCCUAACGCCCCGCCAGAUAUAAAGCGCACGGAUGCCGAGACGCAGUUUUUGAAUGAUGACGUAACGACCACCGUCGUGAUCACUGGUGGAAAGAAGAAGUCAAGAAAAGGUUCGAAGAAAGGAUCGAGAACAGCAUCAAAAAAGGGGAAAAAAUGA